AUGUCGUCGACCAAUAAAAAGAGGACGAUGAUUCCUCCUAUAAACCUUAUAUUCAAAUACUUGCAACAACAAGUUCCGGUAACUAUAUGGUUGUAUGAACAAAACCAGCUGAGAAUUCAAGGUAAAAUCAGAGGAUUCGAUGAAUUCAUGAAUGUGGUGAUAGAUGAUGCAGUCGAAGUAUCAACCGAAGAUGGAUCGAGGGAAGAAUUGGGUCGCAUAUUAUUAAAGGGAGAUAAUAUCACUUUGAUAUCUAGCGUCGAGCUAUAG